GCUCUGUAAAGGGGGUAUCCAUACAAGGCCCUCCCAGCCAGACAGCACUCAAGACCUCAAGACGGGCACACACAUACACACACACACACACACACACACACACACACACACUGGGAAGCAAGUCCCCAGGGGUGGAAUUCAAGCAAGAGUUGAUUUUCGCUAAGUGCCGCCUGACUGGGUCAUCUGUUGAUCCCUUAAUCGUCAGACACAGGGCAGGGAAACUGAGUCAGGGUACCUGUCCACUGGUCAACUCCAGCAGAAAGGGGGGACAGAAUUCGGGUGUCCUGGCUUCCAGCCCUAAGCUUGCCCUGUUUGGGGGAGAAGGGAUGGGACUGGAGUGGUUCCCAUACUUAGGAGGACACCGUACAGCCACCAGAUGGCGCCCCAUCCCAAAGCCCCCAGAUCCGGCAGUCUGCAGAAGCCCAAAUCCAGCGCUUUCAUAUUUUCCCUUAUUUGGAGUAGAUUCUUGGAUGUUAGACACACCCCGCCCCCCAACCCCACCCCCGGCCCUCAGACCCCAGGCCCGGCCCUCCCACAGGGAGCUCUAGCCCCAAAUCCAGUGGCUGUUCAGCUGGGGUCCCUAAGGAGCCACGUCCAGGCCUGCGUAGCCAGGGGGCGCCCAGAGGGAAAGCAGCGGCAGGUCGACACAGAGAGAAGAGGCCUGGGUGGGCAAGGCAAGUCCAGACAGGCUUGCCAUGCGGGCCGGCGGACACCCACACCCGUGCCACCUUCUGCCAAACGCUCAGACACCGUCUCUCCCAAGGACCCACCUCAUGGCUUUGGACUCUCAGAUUCCUGGCACAGACACAAACUCGUGGGGGAAACUCGGGAGAGCAGCUCCUGGACACCGGCUCGCAAGCCCGCUCACCACCCCAGCUCCACCUGGCCGGGCCUGGGCGCGCGCGCCGGCGCCUGCGUUCUCGGUACUUCUCUGCCCGCCUUCGCCAUCCCCGGGCCCCGGCCCCAGCCAGGACCCGCGAGCAGCGCGGCGAGCGUCCCGGGCAGAGCCCGGCCUCCGAGGCCUCACCUGCUGUCCCUGCGGGUGGCCGGCGACCGCGGGGUGGCGCCUGGCUCGCUUUUGCGCCCGCGCCCGGCGCCUCCGGGCUCUGCUGCUGUCCGCUGCGCGCCGCGCGCCUCCACGCGAAUGGCCCCGCCGCCGCCCGCCUUCUUGUUGGCCGCACCCCCCGCCCCGCGCCCGCCCCGCGCCCGGCUCGGCCCGGCCCGGCCCGCAGAGAAAGCCUUAAUUGGUAAAAUCGCCCAGGAGCCGGGGGGCGGGGGGUGCGCGGGGAGCUCAUGCGCCCGGGCCGCACUGGCGACGCCGCCCCCCGAGAUGAGGGAUGAGCUCACCGCCCGGCGCUGGGUGGGUGGGUGUUGGGGGUGGGGGUGCUCGCCUCGAGCUCCCGUGGGGUCUGCAGGGCCCCCGUCUGGGCCCAGCCGCUCCGAUGUCAGCUUGCCGAGUCUGGGGGAGCCAAGCGCUCCCUGGGAAGAAAGGCCCAGCUCCAAGGCCACCUCCUCCAGGAAGGCCCCGGGAAUCAGGGCCCUCUGCACCCACCUUGCCUCUGCCCCAAGCUCGGGCUGGCAAGACAAGCUGGCUUCUGCUGCCCUGGGGGGGGGGGCUGGGGGGCAGGGUGGGACAAUAGGCAUGUGCAGGUGUCCACUGUGCAUCUACUACGUGCAAGGCCUGGGCAGAGCCUGAGUGAAAGGACAAUCUUAACAGCUACUAUGAACUUGAUCCCUGCUGGGUGCCAGGCCUGGCCUGGGGGCUGCAGCAGACACACACGGAAUUCCCAGCAGCCCCCACCCCCAGAGGGCCAGUUAGACACAGACCCAAAACCUGGGAGUGUGCAGGAGGGUGCAGCCAAGAGCCAGGGGUUGGUGAGCUGGGCCGGCACAGACCUACCGCAUCUUCCUCGUCUCCAUGCCCAUUGCCCGCGAGGUGCAGUUCCACAUCAAAUGCAUGUAAAGCAGCAUCUUUUUUUACCAUGUUGCCCACCAUCCCAGUAAGAAUUCCGUUUUACGUCCUGAACCCGUACACACACACACACACACACACACACACACUUGUAAGAACUGAAACAGAUAUUUCUGAAAACAAGGUUUUCCCUCCUACCUGCAAAGCACUCUGGUGUUUUCUACUCUAUUCUACUUCCUUUAAAAGAGAGAAAGGGAGGGAGGCCCUUCUCCCCGCUGCCUUGGCCAGCUCUGAUUGCAGUGCCUGGGGUGGGGUGGGGGCACAGCAGUGGGUCAUCUUCACCUGGAAGAGAGGGCCCUGAGAUCAGAGGUGGGGACCCGCAGGUCCAGGAGGGGGCUGCUGGGGCUCACGGCCGAGUAGGUCCACUGGGGAGGGAAACCCACAAGCCAAAGGCAGGUGCCAUCCAGGCACGGGGGGGGGGGGGUGGAAUGGUUUGUACAGCAUUGGCUGUUCCCUGAUGAUCAUAAUCGAUGAAAGCCAUCAUCUCCUGGUGUUGAAGAUACAGGGAAACCACCGGGGUUGUCGCCAUUCCUACCGCCACGGCAAGCUGAUUCUCCAACCAGCCAUCCUCCCUGCACCAAGAUGAACUGAUGUGUUCUGGGGUUUGAACACAAUACUUGAGGGGCUUUGGGGCCGCUCUCUAUUCAAAGUUUUGUACCGAUGUCGACAAUUGUCAAUGCACUAAUUUUCACCACAAGCCUCAUCUUAUGACUUUUGUAACCAUCUGAGCGGUGUUUCAAAGGAUUUGAAAACCGGCUAAUGCCCAAAGGAUCUUUAAUAUUCUCAAGAGAAAAGUUAAGGAUCGUGUCUUUUAGUAUUAAAAACAUCCUGAUUUUAAAGAAAACAUUGUUUAUAGCUCAGUGAACAAUGGCCUCCCUGUACAUUGAUCUGGGAAACGUAUUUAUGGUGACAUUUUUUUUUUCCUCCCUU